AUGGAGAAGCUGCUAAUGGUGUGGUUAACGGAGAAGCAGCUCGCAGGAGAUACCGUGACGAAGGCUAUAAUCUGCGAGAAGGCACGAGCUAUUUACGCUGAUUUGCUGCAGCAGACCCCAGGCACUUCAAUGGAUGAGGCAUCGGGCGAGCCGUUUAAAGCCAGUCGGGGCUGGUUCGAAAUUUUUAAAAAGAGGACUGGCAUUCACUCCGUUGUCAGACAUGGUGAGGCAGCGAGCACGGAUAUAAAGGAAGGUGACAUCAAUGAGCUCAUCGAGGAGCACUCUGAGGAACUGACAACGCAGGAGCUAAAGGAGCUACAGGCGCAGCAGCACACGGAGGUUUUGCAGGGCCCCGAGGAGGAGGAGGAGGAGGAGGAGGAGGAGGCUUGCACCGCGUCGCUGCAGGGGCUCCCAGCCCACGAGGAGAAGCAGGCGCUGAACAAGGAGCCAGCAUGCCCCAGCGAGGGGUACCCCUGCGCGGGACCUGGUGGGAUCGGGGCGGCCCUGGUGAUGCAGGGCGGUGGCGGCGGCGGCGGCAGCAGCAACAACCACUCGGAGCGCUGGCAGCACCAGGUCAAGGAGGUGCUGGCGUCCAGCCAGGAGGCGCUGGUGGUCACGGAGCGCAAGUACCUGAAGAGCGACUGGUGCAAGACGCAGCCGCUGCGGCAGACGGUGGGCGAGGAGGGCUGCCGCAGCCGCACGGUCCUCAACCGCUUCUGCUACGGGCAGUGCAACUCCUUCUACAUCCCGCGCCACGUGCGCAAGGAGGAGGCGUCCUUCCAGUCGUGCGCCUUCUGCAAGCCGCAGCGCGUCGCCUCGGUCCUCGUGGAGCUCGACUGCCCCGGCCUGGACCCGCCCUUCCGACUCAAAAAGAUCCAGAAGGUCAAGCAGUGCCGGUGCAUGUCCUCAACCGAGGAGGCGUCCUUCCAGUCGUGCGCCUUCUGCAAGCCGCAGCGCGUCGCCUCGGUCCUCGUGGAGCUCGACUGCCCCGGCCUGGACCCGCCCUUCCGACUCAAAAAGAUCCAGAAGGUCAAGCAGUGCCGGUGCAUGUCCGUGAACCUGAGUGACUCGGACAAGACCGCCGCCACCGUCCUCACUCCCCCCACCCCCAACAACGGACUCAAGAUGAACUCUGGAGCGCAUGCCGCUCUCGCUGCCAUUCGCCUAUUCUCACCUGCACAGCCUGCAUAG